AUGGGUGUCAACCAGUUUGCAGACAUGACUAACGAGGAGUACCGACAGUUCCUGAAUCUGAAGGUACCUCUGAAUAUAGUGAACGUCACUUUUGCUGAGGAGAAGGUCGACCCAUCCCUGGCCGACGCCGUCGACUGGAGAACCAAAGGUGUGGUCACACACGUCAAGAACCAGGGACAGUGCGGUUCGUGUUUCGCAUUCUCUGCCGUCGAAUCAAUUGAGGGUCAAUAUGCUAUCGCCACCGGAAAGCUGGUAGAGUUGGCGCCCCAACAG